CAUGAACCAAUCCCAUGGUAGAUCCAAAUACUUUGAGGUUUGGAAAUGCAUUUAAAUUUUCUUCUUGAUUUUAGUUGCCUCUGUGCUUUUUGUUUGCAAAAUAAUACUGUGUUGGGUACGUUUACAAGGGUUUAGCUUUUAGGCUACCUAUUGUAUCUAAGCUCCCACCUUAAGCUGUUGACAGGUCUUCAGGGUUUUUAGAACAGGAACUCUGGAUAAAACUCUGAAUUGCUACCUGUUUUGAGGUUUACCUACCCUCAUAACCAUGUGCUAUAGUAAAUCUUCUGUCAUCUUGAAAAUAGGAUGUAUAAGAAAGGGAACUCAGCUGCCUUUAGAUCAGCUGGUGUGGAGGUACAGUUUGCCUUCCAGUUUACAGGAUCGCAGGCUACCAGAGGGGAAGGUGGGGUGAUGUGAUAUGAAUUAACCUUUUUAAAAGCCAGCUACAGUGGUUUAGCUACAGUAGUGCUAGUCAUGCCAGGGUCCAAAAGUUAUGGGGCUUAUGCAGCAGAGGGUGCCUAGAGUGGUAGAUUUUGGGAUCACCUGUGCUUGCCCCAAAGGGUGGCAGUGGCAGAUGAGGCUGGUGGGGCUGCCCAGGGACCAGGGUAGGCUGCCGCCCAGGUAUCUGAGGAAGUCGUCUGACCCCUAUCUCCUGGGUAAGAUUGUUGCUGUGGUCAGGCUCUUAGCAGCCUGGGGCUUGUCUGGGUGGCACUGUCAGGUUUUCAGUCCCUGGAACAGCCCCUGCCCUGGACUCUCACUGCUGCCACCACAACAGCAAGGAGCUCAUCUGGAAAGAGGCAGGAGGUGUGAGGGUUGCUGAGGGCCAGGUUGGGGGUGGGUCAGCUGAGAUGGGCAGGGGCCCCAAACCUAUUCUUGCACCAGGCUCACUGAGGCUUUGUUAUGCCCUGGACCUGCUAGAGGGGAAGGUUGGGUAGCAAUAUGCCCCCUCUUGCUAAAGGGGUGUAUCAGGAUGGACCUCUGAGCUGCUGAGUGGGUGAACCUCCCAAGAGCCUGGAGCAGGUGCUGUCUGCAUGUUAUAUCUGUGGAACUUAUCUCUGUAGUAGGGUGGAAGGCAGCAAUUUAAUGCUGAAAAUGGGCUUCUCUGACCUACUGGGAAAUACCUAGCAGGAGAGGGGGCAAGCCAGGCCGAGAGGUGAGGUUUGUGGAACCCUCUUGACUUGCCAAAUAGGAUAGUCCAGCUCUCCCUCUGUGACACUCUAGUUGAUGCUUCUACCUAGACAAUCUUUCGACUGAAAAAUUUCACUACAAGGUGUUUGGACACUAGGUUUGCGUGGUGCUUUGGCCGCUGCUGGUUCAGUACUUGGCUUUUGUCUCUGAAAUGGGCACUGAAUAUGAUUCUGAUGCAAUGCAACCCUUGUUAGUGGAGCAGCCAAAAGAGGAUUCUGCAAAUGCAACAUGGAAAGGUGUUUUUACUUGUGUUCUAAGUGUGGCGUUUCACUUGCAUCUGCACACAGUCCCCAAGAGCAAAGAUGUAGCUGUAUCUGCAAUAUUUGGAAACCUCCCGGUCCUGUAGCCUGCUCUGGGGCUAGCUUAGCUAUAUGCAAGGGGUGCAGCUUGCAGGAGUGGCCAUGGAGAGCUUCCGUGUGCAGCCGCAACACAGCCUGUCUCUUUAAGUGCAGACAGCAGGCGGGACUCGCCCGGCCACUGUUGUGUCAGGUGAUGAGGGAGCAGCAAGUGAGGGGAAGCGGAAGCCUGAGCUCUUAAUCGGCUCCUAAGUCCUGCCCUUCGCUUCCCGCAGUGGAGAAAGGAAAGCACCAGCCGGUCAGUGCACAAGGGAGCCUGGGUUCGGCUGGGGUCCUGCAGCAGGAUUGCACGCUCCUCCUCUGCCCCAUACGCAAGCCGAUGCACACACGUAUCUUUCAGGAAGUGAUUUAGGGCAGCAGAAGCCUAAAGAAAAGUUGAUUGUGGAGGUAUAGAGAACCGUGAUUCAAGAUUUCACUCUGGAUCAGCCAGUUCUAGAAUAAUCCUGAAACUAGGGAGCAGAUGGCAACACUGUCCCCUCAGUUGCUAACUGCGGCAGCUCAGCAGAACCUUAGACCAGGAAGGAAGAAGAGUUUAUCUCCAGCUGCCUCCUUGCACCUGGCUGGGGAGAUCUUAGCUGUAGCUUCUGGAUUGAAACCCGCUCUCCUGUACGAUUACAAUUCAGUUGGAGUAGACAAAAUCGAGAACUAUCUUCUACAGAUCCAGGGCAUUGGCCUGACAAAGCAUCGGCUGCACCUUCUAAAUAUAGCAGACAAUGUUCUGAUACUCAACCUGGAGAAGACGGCACUGUGGCUGGAAAUGCUGUUACUCACAAACAAAGUGCCCUUCAUUGAUGUUUCAGCCUCUAGGACAUGUCCUGGCCACUGUGAGCCAGAGUAUGUGGAAUCUAUAAAAGGCCACAUUGCUGAAAUACUGGCUCAUGUUAAAACACUGCCAAAUAUCACAUCCCAGCCGGUCACUACCAGUGAGAUCUUCUCUUCCGAUUGGAAUCUAUGCACCAUCUUUGGUGUUCUCCUGGGCUACCCAGCUUCCUAUACUUUCACUUCUGAGCAGGGGUUUGACAACUGUUUGUCUCUGACCCCACUGAGAGUUUUUACUGUCCAGGCCUCUUGCUGUAGGAUAAGUAAAGAUCUCAGAGUCCGAAUUUAUUCCUUUAGUGUCCCAGAGAACCUGCAUCUUGCCAUGAAGGAGGCCCUGGAUGCGUGGAGUGGAAAUCUGAAGGAUGUAUUUAGUGUGCAGAAUGACUUUGCAAACCUCUGUAUCUCAACGGAGGUGGUUUCUCUAGCCGCUGUUGCUUUGUAAAUCUAGUUUCUUCAUUUCUUUUCAUCACAGGCUUGGGGGGUGCCACGCAUGAAAUCUAGCGGGACACUUAACACUGCCCUAUGGACAAAGGUUCCCCCAAGAAUAUCUUGAAACCACAGCUCUCCCCCACACCUGGAAUUUAGGGCCCAGAGUACUGGAUGUGAAGGGUGAGCAUAUUAGAUGCUGAACUUGUAUUUGCCCUGUCACUGAUAUAUUGAACACUUGCUUUUCCUGGAAGUGCACUUUGUGGAUUAAGGCACCCACAGCUGGGUUGCAGGCAGUUCCUGGAUGGAUCCCAGUUGUAGGAUGUUCAACUCCUAGGGUUUGUCUACACUUACAACACUGCUGUAGUGCUUAAUGAAGAUGUGACCUAUGCCGAUGGGAGAGCUGCGCCCUUCAGCCUAGGUACUGCACCUUCCUGAGAGGCGGUAGCUAUGGUGACGGGAGAAGCUGUUCUGUCGACAUAACACUGUCUACACCAGGAGUUUGGUCAAUAUUGCUGUGUUGCUCAGGGGUGGGGAUUUUCCACUACCCUGAGUGAUAUAGUUAUACCAACAUCAGUUCAUAGUGCGAACCAGGGCCUAGUAACCUCACUCAAAUGGCACAAUUGAACUCCACCUCAUUUUGUCUUCCAAAUAGAACUGUGGUAAUUCAAUUCCAUUCCCUGCCCUACCCCAUCAACAGGUGCUCCUAAUGGCGGUUUGAUUAGAAGAAUGACCACAGUGACAGGAGUCAAGAAGCCAUGAGUUCUAAUGUCAUUUUUUCCUCUGGGUCCAUUGGGGCAAGUGAUUUCUCCCCAUAUGUGCCUCAGUUUCCCCAGCUGUAAAAUGGGGAUAUUUACCUCUCAGAAACAAUAUGAGGAUUAAAAAGGGGUCCAUAUUUGUACUGUGCUUUGAACAUGUAAAAUUUUAUAAAUAUUGUUACUAAUUGCCUAUGUUAUCUAGUGUAACCCAUCUACCAUAGACUGCUUGUGCUCACAGCACAGAUGUGUGCGUUAAAGAUACGUGCUGUUGUCAAAGCAACAGAACUCAGCUGUAAAAGGAAUUUCAGUAAGUACCCAGCAUUGACUUGGAUUAACAUGGUAUUGACAUUUCACAAUUUUUCUCCCUACGCUUAAUUAAAAAAAAAAAAAUUAGCAACCUGUAGUGCUUUGUAUGGAUUGGAGGGUGGCAGGGAGGGGAGAGGAUGAGGCUACAAUGAGCAGCUAGGAGUUGAUGAGGAGCUGGACAAGAGCUGAGACAGUCUAGACGGACAGAAAAGGCAGGGAGGGGCAAGGUUUUGUGUCUCCUACUAAGUUCUUUCCUCCCACAGUGGGAGUUUUUAAGUGACUGUGCAAUAAAACAUAUGGCUGCUGCAGCACAGAAACUGAAUCUUUUCUAAUGCAACCUUCAAUUAAAAAUUAAACCAAGCAAGAGGAAUGAUCUCACCGCAUUUAUUGGACCAGUGUGAAUUUGUUGAGGAGUGAGACCAGCUCAAAAAUAUCCCCCCAAAAACCCUACAAAAUUUUUAUACAUUACAGUGAAAAAAGUUGAGUCAGUUGCUAUGCUGAGGUAAUUGAAACUGAUGGAUUCUCAUGGUACAAAAUUGGCUAAGAAAGCCGCCAUGGCUGCCGCUAUCACCACCAUUAGGAGAGGGAUCCAGUG